ACUGCGAAAAGGAAAGACAACACAUCUCUAAUCAAAUUAGUUAUUUGUUUUUAGUUUUUAAAUUCGCAAACUGCACUCGACUGAUAAUGGAUAUAAGCGCCGAUGUGGACCGGAUUAUAGCCCAGGCCCCGGACUGGAACCUGGCCGGCGACUGCGCCCUCCUGGCGCUGAUGAAGCGCAUUUCUGAGAACUUGUACGAGCGGGGUGAACGGACGUCCCGCAAUCUCCAGGAGUUCGAGACGAGUGUCCGACAAGUGGACAUAUCGCUGAGUAAUGCCACCAACAGCCUCCGCUCCCUACAGUUUGGUAACCAGUUUGUGGAAUAUCGUGUGGAGGAGGUGGAUGACGCCGAUUUGGCUAUGCCCGAGGAGAAGAAGAAGAAGCCCGAGCCGCCGCCCAUGAGCUCUGAGGAAAUGGCCAGGGGAUUUCUGGACAACAACCUGCGAAUGUUCAGAAAGAACUUUGAGCCGGUGACCAUUGAUGUGCCAGAUUCGGAUGACGAGGAUGCGCCAGUUAGCUCAACUACCAUAUUCCGCGCCAAGAAUCCAUACGAUGCCAUUCCUCUGCCCUACAUUAUUGGAACAAAGGAGUGGGAAGAGCACAAGUAUGCCGGUCUGUAUGAUAGUGGCGAGAAUAGCGGGGAUGACAAGUCAGAUGAGUUCUCAUCCAGCUCCUCGGAUGAAAAGGAGUCGGUAUCCAAAGGAAGCACUCAACCAGAGAACAAAUUCGUAGAGCCCCAUCUUUCAGACUCUUCGUCGCUGGCCUCAUUUGCCAGAGAGCCAGCCAUUGUGUCGCCAGUGAGAACUCAUAAUCCAGUGCCGGUUGCCACUCCGACUAGGCCUCCUGCUGGACAGGUGCCGGAAGCUGCUAUCCGCACUCAGCCGCGUCCGAUUAUAAGCAGUCAACGCAAUCCGCACGAGCGUGACGUGUUUGCCGCGCUCCGACAAUCGCCACCUAGUGACGAUCCGCCAUCGACUUCAUCCUCACCCACAUCAUCGCCAGCUUUUAGAAAUACCUCCGCCGGUGGGAGAUUGCCCAUAGUGUCAACAGCAUCGCUGAGCUCCAGCAGCAGCAGUCCGGCCCACCAGCCGCCGCCAAGGCUUUUCGAAGACCCAGAAGCUAUAGCUCCCACACAACCUCCCAAGGAGAUUGAGGCCAAGCCAAGUCAAAUUAAGCGGAAGCCAGUGAACCUCUUCAACGACGAUGAGUUUAACUCAUUUAUGUCGGAAAUUGUUGAUAAAGUGCAGGCUAAGGCGGGCGCAGCAGAAACAAGGUCAGUGAGAGAACUGGCCAAGGAAAAGAGACCAGUGGAACAAACUGUCAAGCAGGAGGCACCACCUGAACGCAUUAAUCCAGUGGUGGCCCCUCAAGCAGUGCCCAGGCGUGUAAAUCUAUUUGAUGAUAGUCCUCCGCUUAGUCCUUCUUCGAAGCCAGAGUCUCUUUCCAAGAAUGCUCCCUCUUUGGGUGCCAUUCCAAAGCAGACACCACCCAAGGAGGUCAAGGUAGAUCAACCGAAGGCUUCCAUUCCUCCCAAAGAACCAGCAAAACCAUUACCGAAAUCUCUCUUUGAUGAUGAUUUGGAAGACGAUGACUUUUUGAGCUCCCUUGCACCCAAAACGAAGCCGGCAGAUCAAAAGCAAAGCUCAACACCAAGAGCCUCCCUGUUCGAUGAUGAUGACUUGGACAUAAAUGACAUAUUUACCAAGCCAACGCCCACGAAUACUAAAAAACUCUCAGAGAGAGUGACUGGAAAGAGCAGUUUGUUCGACGACGAUGACCAGGAAGAUGACACCGAUCUGUUUGGCUCCAAAAAGCCCGUCAAAGUUACACAAAAGGAAUCAACAGUCAAAAAGAUUGAGCCUCCUCUAGAGGCUCCAAAGAAAAGUCUUUUUGAUGACAUCGAGGAAGAGGAGCCUCCUUUAGAAGCUCCAAAGAAAAGUCUUUUUGGUGACAUCGAGGAAGAGGAUUUAUUUGGGACACCAAAGGCAAGUGCCCGAUAUAAUGAGUCCCAGCCACUAGAAACGGAUGUUGAGAUUAAGGAACAAAGCAAACACAUUGAGAUUGAACCAGAGGCAUUAAGCAAAAAAGGAAUUACUGUUCAACCCCAACAAUUAUUAUCCAAUGCAUCAGCUUCACCUGCCUUUAGAGAAUCACCUCCACCCAUUGAAAGUUUGGAGGCAACUCCCUCUGAAGGAGAAAAGGGGAAUAAUUUUAAUGAUGGUGCUGAAUCCCCACCCAAGCCUCCUCUAACUAAACUUCCAGAUUUAUUUUCUGAAGACUUUAGCGAUGAGGAGCCUUUUCUGGAAUCCUCAAAUGUAAAAACUAGGCCAAAAGGUGCUAGUGAAACUAAAGAAGUUAUUAAAACCAUAGUGGAAAAUGUUGAAGAUAAAAAGGAAGAAGAAACUGUGGUUAAAUCUACUGAUUUGUUCAAUGAAGAUUCCAGCGAUGAAGAUCCGUUUUUGGGUGCAUCAUUCAAAGCUAAGGAUGUGCCAUUGGGUACAGCAGACACCAAGGAAUUAAUGAAGCCAAACAAAGACCAGUUGGUUGAAGAGAUUAAGCCAAAGGAGCUACCCCACAAACUGCCAGAGAACAAAAAAGAUGAUGAGCUAACCGUCAAGGAAAAGACAAUAUUUACUCCAGAAAUUAUUGCGCCCGUUUCUGAAACACCUCCACCCGAUGAUCACCAAGAUCCCAUUAUAGCAAUGGUAGCCGAUAUCUCCUCCAAGUCCCCGAAAGAAGAUUCGACUACCAGGAAGCCAGCAGAUUUGGCUGCUGCCCAGCAAAUCAUGCAGAAUUAUUCGAGCCUCUUCUCAGAUGAACCACCAGAUGAUAGUGAGUUUUUCCAAACUCUCGGCAGUAGCAGCAGCGGUCUCAGUAGUCUUAGUGCCUCGAAAAUCUUUGACAACGAACACGACUUCUUCGAGCCUGCCUUACCAAAGAUUCCGAGUGCCACAAAGUCAUCGGCCACGACGCCAGGAGACCAACCUCCGGCAACAUCGGACUACGGAGGCAUGCGUUUAUUUAGCGAUGUUCCACCCGAAGAUGAGGACGACAUCGAUGAGCCUAGCUCAGCAGCAACCAAGCAGACGGAGGAUGUGGCACCAACCACUACAACCCGUAUACAUACGAUUUUCUACGAUGACUUUAGUGAAACUGCAAGAGCAAGUUCACUUCAACCAUCGCAGCAGACUUCUCCUUACGAUGAGGAGCCACCACUAUCAGGAGAUGAACCUGAUCGCAGCAAAGCCAAGGAGACGUCCGAUUCGCCCAAUCCUUCGUCACCCGUCAAGAAAUUAAAAAUGCCCAACAUCAAGAUCAAUGUGCAGGCCCUACUUCCUGGCUCGGGAGGAGGUCCUCCAAAACUGCUUAAGAAACAGGAGUCAUCGAGCUUUGAAGAGAGUCUUCAAGCGGAAUCUCCGCCAGAGUCUAUCCGAAAACCCACUGAUAUUCCUCCAGCAGAGGGAGGCUUGCAGCAUGUAAACAAAACACGCGCUAGAGGACCUCCCAAGAGAAGGCCUUCAACCAGAAAGGGAAGGCAGGAGAACUAUGUUAAAAGCUUGAUUGAAGAUGAGCAGGGACCAGCACAAGCGGCUUUGCUGCAAGAUCAGCCAUCGUCCAAGCCUCUUUCCUUUACAAAAUCGGUUGAAGUUGAGGUAAAUUCUCCUUCCUCUACCGUUUCUGCUCCAAGCCAAACAAUAAGACCUCCCAAGGCAAAGGAUUCCUUUUUAGAUAGGCCUGAUGAUGACGACUCUCUUUUUGGUUCUGUCAUCACAAAAACCUUUCCUUCUGCAAAGUCAACUGAUGGAAAGAUGUCUGUAACUGCAGCUUCUGUUUCAGCAACGCCCAAUAGGCAAUUAGUGAUACCCAAAAAGAAUAAUGAUCCGCCAGCUUCAUAUCGAUCAUUUUUGGACAGCCCAGACGAAGAUGAUUCCUUUUUCAGUUCCUCUGACAAAAAGACGCCACCGCUUCCGAAGAACUCUACGGAAGAUAAGGAACUGACAAUCCCCAAUGAAACUCCUCAGGUGCAUCGAGAUCCACCAAAGGUGGCUAGUUCAUUUUUGGACAGCUCAGAUGAUGAUGAUUUCCUAUUUAGUCCACCCAAGGCACCUAUUGCGCAAACUAAAUCUGCAGCUCCUGUAAUAGAGAAGCAUCCUGAUGCCGAUACAGCGGUACCAUCUUCUUCAACGCUCCCCAAAACCAAAGAGCCUCCAAAAGAACAAAUUAAGCCCAAGUCCCAAGUUGUACCUAAACUGUUUGAUGACAGCGACGAUGACAAUGAUCUGUUUGCAAGUGCCUCAGGGCCGGCGCCUGCGGUCAGUGUACCAUCUUCCAGCCGGCCAGUUCAAGCAAAGCAACCAGCGAAACCAGUUGCAACUGCAAGUUCUCUCUUUAGCAGCGACGAGGAUGAUGCAAAGGCGCCGGAUAAUACGCUCCCCAAGAAGAAGUUGCCCAUCAAAACAAGCAAAAGCCUCUUCAGCGACGAUGACGACGACGAUGAUGAUCUGUUUGGAGGAGGCAGCAUCCGUAAAGCCAGCACAGUUAAAAAAGCAAAACCUAUAGCCCGGCAAGUAUCAAAACCGGCUCCGAGUAAAACUCCCACAGCUGCAGCCACCAUUCCCGAAAGUAUCAGCGAUAAUCCCUUGGCGGAUCUUCUCGAUGUCGAGUAAAAACACAUGAUUGCCUUUAAU